UUACAUGGAGAACCGACUCGUCCAACUUGCCGUACAGAAGGCGCGUUUCCCCCUCCGCUCGGUUUCGGCACUAGAACAUUCGAGUCAUUUGAUCUCUUCCUCGAUUCUUCCCCGCCAGCCCAUAGCGACGGCGACCUUGUUAUCGCACGCAUAGAGACAUCAUUGCGGCCACGAAGCGAUUCGCAAAGACAGUUCAGGCGUGCAGUACGAUGCCCUAUCCCAAAAUCUUGACCCCUUCGUACGCGCCGUCAUGCCCGUUUCAUCGCCCACUCUCUCACCGUACUGGGAAGACGUCUUGUGCUCCUGUAAUAGCAAAUCAAGUGGGUGUUCCAUUACUAUAUGUCCCAUUGGAGGUAGUCAUGUCAAAGUAUUAUAGUGAAAGUGAACUUCUGCUAGGGAAGAUAUUUUUGCUUGCCAACAAGAUCCCUUAUGGUGCUAUUCUGGAUGAGAUUGACUCUUUCGCUGUUGCUUGUGAUAGUGAUAUGCACAAAGCUACACGUAGAAUUUUAUCAGUAUUACUGUGGCAGAUUGAUGGAUUUGAGCAGGAAAAUAAAGUGAUUGUCAUUGCAGCAAGCAAUAGAAAGGAAGACCUUGAUCCUGAUUUGAUUAGUGCGGGAGACCGUGUCGAUGAGGUGCAAGUGGCUGCUUUGAUGACGAGUGACCUGCUGAGAAAGAAGCAAGUUAGGGGCAUGGGUGAGGUCACCUUUGGGCCUUUCUAUGCUUAAGUUAGUUUUGUAUCUCGUGUUCGAAGUAAAAUUAUAAUUUUAGCAGUCUAGUGAGUGUACAUUUGCUAGACGAGAAGUCUCCUAUUUAUAGAGAGGGAGGAGAAUGACAGAUGGGGGGAGACUCGCAGUCUUCGACGGGCAUUUCUGCCUCUCUACUGGAUUUAUCAGUGAGCAUCUCGGAGGUAAACUCGACCAAUUCAACUAUCUUUGAGUGUCACUCGGGCAACCUCACUCGGCUAGCAGCCUCACUCAGCCAUGGCUCUCGUGUGGCAUGAUUUCUCGUGUGGCAUGGUCCUCAGCAUGUCUCUCGCGUGACAUGGCUACAUGCCCCUUGGCCAAGCCGCAUGGCUGCACUCACCCACGCACAUGGUUGCGGCUCCUGUGCGGCAUGCCUUGCAGAUCUCGGCCAUGCGAUCUUCUGCUUCGCGCGUUGCCUGGCUGCUGCCGAGUGAUUGUUGCUUGUAAUGUCAAUUUCAGCAUUUGCUGAAUUCAGAAUGUCUGGACUGGAUAUCGGCGAUGUGUGCCAGCAAGCUGAGCGGCGCUGGGCAUCCAAGUUAAGCUGGCCAGAAAAAAAGGUCCUGAAAAUGGGACACGCUUCCACUGCUCCAAGAAUUCAUUGAGAGUGGUGCCAUGGACCGGCAAAGAGGGGUGAAGAAGCCACCUUAGAUUCAAUAUAAGAUAUUCAUGCCAUGAUGCUAAUGUGCAGUUUUCAAGCUCUAAGCAAAGGUCAGGUUUUUUUUUUUUUUUUUACCUGGUUACUAAGCAAAGGUCAGGUUAAGGUAGAUGAAGAUUGAUAUGUCAGGACACUGGGUUCUCUCAGCAUCUCGUCGAACAGGAAGCCAGUUUAGAGUGUGUAAAUGAAUCCGUAAAGGAUGGAAUUAGAUAUACUUGGCAAAAAAAAAAAAAAAAAAGGAUGGUAUUAGAUACUACACAAGGGGCA